CUUUACGGCUGCCAUGCAUCACAUGUCCGCAAGCAUGGAAGCUAGGGAAUCGGAGAAGGGAUCUGUCGAGCAAGAGCCUGCGGAAGGGAGAGAACAGCAACCAGAGGCAGAGGAGGGGCAGCAGAAAUCCGAAGAGGCGGCUCGGGGCCGCAAGAAACGUGUUGUGCCGGGCAUUGUGUAUCUAGGCCACAUUCCGCCCCGCUUUCGGCCUCUGCACGUACGGAACCUUCUCAGUGCGUACGGCGAAGUCGGGCGUGUUUUUUUCCAGCCCGAAGAUGGUUUCGUGAGGCGCAAGAAGAAGAUAGCGGCAGCCUCCGCUACGAGAGGAAAAAAGCGGUCCAAGUACAGCAAGGACUACACCGAGGGCUGGGUGGAGUUCCGGGACAAACGCGUAGCCAAGCGUGUGGCAGCCAGUCUCCACAGCACGCCCAUGGGCGCGCGCAGUCGCAGUCCCUUCCGAUAUGACUUAUGGAACCUCAAGUAUCUGCACCGUUUCACCUGGUCCCACCUGAGUGAGCAUCUUGCCUUUGAGCGCCAGGUGCGCAGGCAGCGCCUUAGGGCCGAGGUUGCCCAGGCCAAGCGUGAGACUGAUUUCUAUCUGCGAAGUGUGGAACGGGGACAGCGCUUCCUUGCAGCUGAUGGGGACUCUACCCGCCCAGAUGGCUCUUGGGCCUUUGCCCAGCGUCCUACAGAGCAGGAGCUGAGAACCCGGAAGGCAGCCUGGCCAGGAGGACGUGAACGGUGUCGCCUAGCCAAUGCCCAGGACCAGGCCCGCACCAACCCAGGGCUGCUUGCUAGGAUCUUUGGAGCCCAGCCACUCUCAGAGAACAUGGAGGAACCCUCACUGGUCAGGAACUCUUGAGAGGCAGAGAGGUCCCUUCUACCUCCUAGCCUGCUUCCUGUCUACCUGAUAAUAACUAGCUAUGCAGAUAUUUUAUUGUGUUUCUCUGACCAGGAGUCCCAUGAAUGCCUAGGCAAAGAAGUUUUGUUGGUCUCCUCUCCACUCCAACUCUCUUGUCUGGUGCACCUAAUUCAUACUAGCAUGAUUACAACUACUGCAAAUAACUGUUUUGUUUUGUUUGAUUGUUGGCUGCUUGCUUCUGGCCCAGUAGGGCACUCUAAAAGUCUUGCUUGUAGCCCUUGAAAGAGCUUUUACUUAGAGCCAGAGGGAUAAUGGCUAGUCCUGGCAGCUAGUUACUGUCUACAGGCAAAUGGUGGCAGCAGCAUCCUUUUUACUUAGAAAAGAUUAACAGGGGUUAAUGGGUGGGAUGGGGUUAGGAGCCCCUUCCAAACAUAUUUAUAGAAAACUAAAAAAUAUUUUUAUAUGCCUUUGUAGUUUAUGGGGCGAGGGGAUUGUUGGAUAAGUUCCAACUUCUGACUUCUUGUUCCUCGUUCACUUACCUUCACUCUAUCUCCUGGCCUCAGACUCCUCCCCGCCCCCACUUCAACCUGGACCCUUUUCUAUCUAUCUGAUUAGUUUCUUAGCCCAUUUUAUCAAUCAGUUAUCUAAUUUAGCAUUUACUAAGUCACUAUAUGAGGACAUAGUGACAGUAAGUAAUAACACAUGGCCCUUGGUGUUGAGUCUUACAGACCACUAGAAAAAGACAGAUAUUUAGUAAAUAAGUAUACAGAAGUACCACAGGCAUCAUGGUAGAUACUUAUAAGGGGUGGAGUGGGGUCCAUGGAAGGCCAUGGUUGACUCUGGGAAGUUGAGCAGUGCUCUCAGUGUGGAACUGAUUCCUGAUCAUAGUCAUCAGAGAUGGGCCAGUCUUCACCGGGUUUUCCAUAGCAUUCCUGUAAAGUAAAUAGAACUCUGAAAGAACUUGAUACACUCCUACACUUGCAAAUAAAGCUCCAUGGAUGGAGUGUUGGGUUCAAACCACUUGUAAAGGUGGUAAAGCAUAGGUGGUAGUCAGGUACAAAUGUUGCCCCUCAGGUGCAUUUCUGUGUUUUGGGGCUUAAACAAGGAAGGGUUCACAUGCAAAGCAACCUGGAGCCUAUAAAGAAUCUAUGUAAGCCACCAAGAGGAUCCAGAAAUUGAGGUGUCACAGUAAGAAGCCUACACACAACCUCAUAUAGAUGAAAAACUCUGGUCAGUAUUCAGGCUGUUAAACUUACAAGAAGUGAUAGAGUGAUUACAAUAAUAAUUUGGGUUUUGCUUGUGCUAUUUUUUAUUUCACUGUCAUAAAUACAAUUAUCCAUGUAUUCUUUGGGUAAAAUGAAUUCAUCCACAUUUUUGGCUUUGAAAUAACCUAGCCAGAUUAAGAUAUUAAUUGAUACAUACACUGUAUUUGGUAGAAUAAAAAUGACCAUACAGUGAAAAACUAUGGUUGGCUUGGUAUAACAUUUCCCACAAUUCAUGUAUCUCUCAUACCCAGCACACAAACACAUCUGUGAAAUGUUAUAUCAUUAUCUUCUGCUGGGAGCCAUGCUACUCAAGCUGUGUAGCAAAGCUCAGGCUGGAGGAAGACCCCCCACAAAGCAGGGCCUUAGCAGCUGACUCCCUCUAUUACCCACCUUGGUUUUGUUAUUCUCCAUUAUACUAUUGGCUUUGUUUUUGCUUACAUUGUUUCCAAGGGCUAAGCUAACCUUUACUGAGCAGUGUGGAAAGGAUGAGAAUAUAAGUUUCCCAGGAGCUUUUCAGGACAGUGCUCCUGAAGAAUGGAACAUGCAGGGGCCAAAUGGCGAACUUGGCAUAAAGUACCAAAACCUGCUGUUAGUCAAACAUUGACCGCCCCAUUUCCACUGAGAAUGCCCCUCUUGUUUACAAUGCUAGUGAAACUAGUGAUGGAAAGUUUUCUAGAAAUAGUUAUGAGAGAAUGUUGAAUGGAAUAACCCUGUUGACAAUUAAUCAUC